UCGGUCAGUCAGACAACAGAUCUCCAGCGAGAAAGGCCACGGAGAACAGCGGAGACCAACAGAUCUCCAGCGAGAAAGGCCACGGAGAACAGCGGAGACCAACAGAUCUCCAGCGAGAAAGGCCACGGAGAACAGCGGAGACCAACAGAUCUCCAGCGAGAAAGGCCACGGAGAACAGCGGAGACCAACAGAUCUCCAGUGGAAAGGCCACGGAGAACAGCGGAGACCAACAGAUCUCCAGUGGAAAGGCCACGGAGAACAGCGGAGACCAACAGAUCUCCAGCGAGAAAGGCCACGGAGAACAGCGGAGACCAACAGAUCUCCAGUGGAAAGGCCACGGAGAACAGCGGAGACCAACAGAUCUCCAGUGGAAAGGCCACGGAGAACAGCGGAGACCAACAGAUCUCCAGUGGAAAGGCCACGGAGAACAGCGGAGACCAACAGAUCUCCAGUGGAAAGGCCACGGAGAACAGCGGAGACCAACAGAUCUCCAGCGAGAAAGGCCACGGAGAACAGCGGAGACCAACAGAUCUCCAGUGGAAAGGCCACGGAGAACAGCGGAGACCAACAGAUCUCCAGCGAGAAAGGCCACGGAGAACAGCGGAGACCAACAGAUCUCCAGUGGAAAGGCCACGGAGAACAGCGGAGACCAACAGAUCUCCAGCGAGAAAGGCCACGGAGAACAGCGGAGACCAACAGAUCUCCAGUGGAAAGGCCACGGAGAACAGCGGAGACCAACAGAUCUCCAGCGAGAAAGGCCACGGAGAACAGCGGAGACCAACAGAUCUCCAGUGGAAAGGCCACGGAGAACAGCGGAGACCAACAGAUCUCCAGCGAGAAAGGCCACGGAGAACAGCGGAGACCAACAGAUCUCCAGUGGAAAGGCCACGGAGAACAGCGGAGACCAACCGAUCUCCAGCGAGAAAGGCCACGGAGAACAGCGGAGACCAACAGAUCUCCAGUGGAAAGGCCACGGAGAACAGCGGAGACCAACAGAUCUCCAGUGGAAAGGCCACGGAGAACAGCGGAGACCAACAGAUCUCCAGCGAGAAAGGCCACGGAGAACAGCGGAGACCAACAGAUCUCCAGCGAGAAAGGCCACGGAGAACAGCGGAGACCAACAGAUCUCCAGCGAGAAAGGCCACGGAGAACAGCGGAGACCAACAGAUCUCCAGCGAGAAAGGCCACGGAGAACAGCGGAGACCAACAGAUCUCCAGCGAGAAAGGCCACGGAGAACAGCGGAGACCAACAGAUCUCCAGUGGAAAGGCCACGGAGAACAGCGGAGACCAACAGAUCUCCAGCGAGAAAGGCCACGGAGAACAGCGGAGACCAACAGAUCUCCAGCGAGAAAGGCCACGGAGAACAGCGGAGACCAACAGAUCUCCAGCGAGAAAGGCCACGGAGAACAGCGGAGACCAACAGAUCUCCAGCGAGAAAGGCCACGGAGAACAGCGGAGACCAACAGAUCUCCAGCGAGAAAGGCCACGGAGAACAGCGGAGACCAACAGAUCUCCAGCGAGAAAGGCCACGGAGAACAGCGGAGACCAACAGAUCUCCAGUGGAAAGGCCACGGAGAACAGCGGAGACCAACAGAUCUCCAGCGAGAAAGGCCACGGAGAACAGCGGAGACCAACAGAUCUCCAGCGAGAAAGGCCACGGAGAACAGCGGAGACCAACAGAUCUCCAGCGAGAAAGGCCACGGAGAACAGCGGAGACCAACAGAUCUCCAGCGAGAAAGGCCACGGAGAACAGCGGAGACCAACAGAUCUCCAGCGAGAAAGGCCACGGAGAACAGCGGAGACCAACAGAUCUCCAGCGAGAAAGGCCACGGAGAACAGCGGAGACCAACAGAUCUCCAGCGAGAAAGGCCACGGAGAACAGCGGAGACCAACAGAUCUCCAGCGAGAAAGGCCACGGAGAACAGCGGAGACCAACAGAUCUCCAGCGAGAAAGGCCACGGAGAACAGCGGAGACCAACAGAUCUCCAGCGAGAAAGGCCACGGAGAACAGCGGAGACCAACAGAUCUCCAGCGAGAAAGGCCACGGAGAACAGCGGAGACCAACAGAUCUCCAGCGAGAAAGGCCACGGAGAACAGCGGAGACCAACAGAUCUCCAGCGAGAAAGGCCACGGAGAACAGCGGAGACCAACAGAUCUCCAGCGAGAAAGGCCACGGAGAACAGCGGAGACCAACAGAUCUCCAGUGGAAAGGCCACGGAGAACAGCGGAGACCAACGUUGAUCAGUGGUCCAACAAUAGAAAGAAGUAGAUCCGAUACUGGUUGAUCCUGCGACAUGGCUACAGUACAACAACAACACAAACUGGGUGUGAAAGAGCUUCAAGCUGAGGGUUGAACGCUACCUCUCUCGCGCCACGGUCACAACCCACAGCUGAUGCUGGUUAUUUAAUAGGGAAUUAAUGGGGAAGCGCCCCAUUGGCAGGAGAAGCACCUUCACAGUGUCUAUAGGUUAACUGAGGGCCACUUUCUGAUCUGUGUGUCUAUAGGUUAUCUGAGGGCCACUUUCUGAUCUUUGUCUAUAGGUUAUCUGAGGGCCACAUUCUGAUCUGUGUGUCUAUAGGUUAACUGAGGGCCACAUUCUGAUCUGUGUGUCUAUAGGUUAACUGAGGGCCACAUUCUGAUCUGUGUGUCUAUAGGUUAUCUGAGGGCCACAUUCUGAUCUGUGUGUCUAUAGGUUAACUGAGGGCCACAUUCUGAUCUGUGUGUCUAUAGGUUAACUGAGGGCCACUUUCUGAUCUUUGUCUAUAGGUUAACUGAGGGCCACUAUCUGAUUGGUCAUAAGGCAGGGGAGCCCUUCGUAACCAUCUUCAAGGCAGCGGAGGGGCGAAGGAUUGUCCGAGGGGCCUACGACCUACAGCAGACCCAUAGCAGCACGCCCCCUCCCUCUGCCCUCUGCCCUCUACCCUGGGUACCGCUGGACCACACGCUGGUCCUACCCUUCCACCAGAAACACAGCCGGCCACCCUGCACCUUCCCCCCUCCAGACCUGCAGCAGCACAAGGCAGGGAAGGGCGGGGCUGGAGGCCCAGGGAAGGCGGGACCAAGUAAGGGGAAGGCAGGGCCAGCUAACCCUAACCCCGCCUCCAGCCAGGGAGCAAAGAAGAAGAAAGGGAAAGGGAAGAGAA